AUGUCUUCGGGUGUUGUGAAAUGUGCUAGUUGUAAUGUGGUGAUCAACGAAAUACUUGCUUUUAUCUGUAAUAAGAUAGAUGUGAUGGAUGAAGAAAGUAUAAGCCGAAUCUGUGUCAGUGCUUUCUCGGAAAAUGAUAUUCUGAAAGCCAAAAACUUGUUGUUCGAUUCCGUUACGACAACAAAGCAAAAGAAGAUACGGAAAAAACAAGGCAAAACAAUACGUAAUAUCGACGAUAUAGUAUGCCUAUUGAAAGAGACUGACCCUGAGGAUAUUCCUAUUUUUGUGGCACGGGACCUGCAGAAGUUACCUCCAGUACUUUUUGACCAUGUAGAUGUAACUAGGAUACUGAAGGAUAUUGUAAAAAUGAGAAGUGACUUAGACCGUAUUUGCGAAGAAUAUGCUACAUUGGAACAGAUGAAGAACCUGCGGGUGGAGGUAGAAUCUCUAAAAAACGCGUCCAUAGUAAAUAAUUUCCAACGAAAUGUCAAUACCAAAAGGGGUGCUGCCUCCAUGCUAUCUAGUUUUGAGUAUGAAAGCGGACCCAUGGGUUUGUCCCCUCUGUGUAAUGCACCAGUAGCUCGCAGAAAAAGUCCAACAGUCUCUCCUGCAAAAAAACGCAUAACUUUUUCUGAUGAGGGUACAUUGAAAACUACUCCGUGCCGGGAGCCCAACAGUUUACAUUCCGAUGGAGCGCUCAAAACAGCUGACACUAACACGUCAUCGGAACGCGCGCCCCCCGCCGCCACCGCUGCCUCAACUACAAAGGAUUCCUCACAAAAAAGUUUUUCCCAAAUUUUAAGUGACUCGGAAGGCGAGUUUAGGUCACAACCUUUGGACGACGGCUUUAUACUGGUUCAAAGAAAGAGGUUGAGAAACCGUUUCCAAGGUAAAGUUGGAAAGGGUAACGUAGAUAUAACUUCGAACUUCAGGGCCGCCGACGUCAAGGUUCCGAUAUAUAUCUACAAUGUAUCAAAGGAAACAUCCACGAGUGACAUUAAGAAAUACGUUACAAGUAAAAUAAACAUAGACAUUGACCUUCAAAAAAUGAAUAUGAAAAUUGCGAAGGACUACAAUGCUUAUAAAAUAUUUGUACCCAAAAAUAAGCUCAACGUAUUUCUGAGGGAUGAUUUUUGGCCAAGUGGAGUGAUGUUUCGUCGAUUUGUUGACUUUUCUCACAACUCUGUGGUACGUGAAUAUCGGGAUAUUGAUAAAACUAAGCUAACAUAA